AUGCAGGGGCUAAACCCUGAUGCUGCUCCGAGCCAGUGGCUGCUGGUGCUGCUGGUGAUUGAAAAGGGCGUGAGGGCUUUAUUUGAAAAAGAGAUAAAUGAGGACAUUGUGGACUUGGCCUUCAUUUUGGUGCAGCAGCAGCCGCAAGUGCGCCAGCUGCUGCUGCAGCAGUGGAUUGCGCAGCUGCCGAAGUGUGAUUGGAAGCAAUUCAAACUUUUGGGUUUGCGACUCGCCAAGGCCUUUGCAGACAAGCAGUACAGUGCUGCUGCAGUGUCUGCUUACCCGUGGCUGCCAGCAGCAGCGCAGCAGCUGGGGAGGGAGUUGGAGCAGCAGCUGCCGGACUGGUUAAUAGAAGGAAUGCUUUCGGAUUAUGACAGACACCAAAUGCUGCUGCAGCACGCGAAGCGGCCUUUUCUCUUUGGCCCCGUCGAGGCGCCGCAGCCGCCCGAAGGAUCUGCUGAGGAGCGCAGCAGCAAAGUGGCCGAAGAGCUCAAGCAGCAGAUAGAAGAAGCAGCCGUAAGCCAAAAAGCAAAAUGCUAA